UCAAUUAAACAACACGAGCUGCAAUUAAAAUUCUACUGUAUUGAACCAAUACAGUCAGUUAACGUAGCAGAAGUUAUGAGUAGGCGACGGAAAUGCAGCAAAUUGGUGGAAUUUGAGAAUGAGAGUGUAGAUGUGUGCAGCGAUGAGGUGCAUUACAAUGAUGAGCUAAAAAAUGUGAGAGCACAGAAUUUAUUUAACAAUCCUGUAUCGGCAUUUCUCGCUACACUGAGCAGCAUAAUUUUCUGGUGCAUCUAUUGGUUGGCAAAAGCGCUGAUUGUGUUUGCUGGUUUCUUUAUGAUUAUUACGUUCAUAUUUCCACACAAAAUCAUUGGGCAUCUCAACCGCUUUAUGGAUCAGCAAAAUGUGGAGCAGUACUUCAAGGACGAAUUGUAAAUUGUGCGGAAAAUAAUCAAGCAUUCUGAAUAGCGCAUUUGAUAGGUAAAAGCAGGACUGUGACGUCAUCAAUAUAAGAGUUAUAAUUUCUUAACAAUUGCCUAAAGAUUUUUAUUGGAACUAAAAGUUUCUUCACAACGUUUUUGUGCAAAAUUAUGUAUUUACUGCUGUAAAGAUGGUUUCUAUAAACACACACUUUCAAAGUUUGAUUUUUAGUUUGCACAAAAAUAUAGUUUUGAAUAAUGAAUUUUAAUAAUACAUAACAAUAAAUAAAAGAAUUACCUUAUACCCGAAAA